AUGAGUCUCUAGAAUGAGGAUCAGAUAAUGGCCACUAGGGGGCACACGUCGUAAUAUCCCGUCAUUGUUUAUUCCAAAAUGACGGAAAACAGCGCGUCGCCGGAGGAUCCCUGGCUAAAACAGACGGAUGGCGGCUUCAGCGACAACGGCUUCGACCACAGUUUCUUUGCUGAUAAUGCUUGCAAAGGAACUCAGGUGUCAAGAGCCAACAGCAUUGGAUCCACAAGUGCCUCUUCAGUACCAAACACAGAUGAUGAAGACAGUGACAACAGACAUGAGACGCCCUAUAAGGAGUCGUAUAAAGACCGGAGGAGACAGGCACACACACAGGCAGAGCAGAAACGCAGGGAUGCCAUCAAGAAAGGCUAUGAUGACCUGCAGUCUAUAGUGCCUACAUGCCAGCAGCAGUCUGACUUUGCCAUGGCCACACAAAAGAUCAGCAAAGCUACAGUCCUUCAGAAGACAAUCGACUACAUUCAGUUUCUCCACAAAGAAAAGAAGAAGCAGGAAGAGGAUGUUUCCACACUUAGGAAGGAGGUGAUGGCACUGAAAAUUAUGAAAACGAACUACGAGCACAUUGUGAAGGCUCAUCAAAAUAACCCUCAGCAGGGCAGCGAGCAGGUUUCAGAUCAGGUGAAGUUCAGCGUGUUUCAGAGCAUCAUGGACUCUCUAUUCCAGUCCUUCAGUGCCUCAGUGUCAGUCAGCAGUUUUCAGGAGCUCUCUGCCUGCGUCUUCAGCUGGAUUGAGGAACACUGCAAGCCACAGACGCUGAGAGAGUAUGUGGUGACUGUGCUGCAGCAGGUGAAUGGUCAGCUGUACUGAAGUUGUCCAUCUGUCUGUCUCUCAGGCUAAUAUCUCAUUCAAGAACACAGGGACAGUCUCUAUCACACACACACACACACUGUGCAGCACACUAAUGGACUGGGGUGCGUUCAAGAACUCUGAAGAGAUGAAGUAGCGCUUGCUCAAGUAUUGACUGAUAUGAAGAAGUGUUUAUAGCAGUGAUUCCAAUCAACAAGUGUGGAAAUGAAAAAAAAAAAAUGUAUAACUAGUAAUUUGGAAGGUAAGAGGAAAAACAUGUUUGUUACUGCAUAUUGUGUAUUCUGUUUCCUCAUACACCUUCACCUGGUUUAAGAAUUUAAACAAUAUAAGUUCUGUUUGGUUGUUGUUAAACACACCUCAGUCCUAAAGUUUAAUCAUAUCUGUUGGUUUCAUCAGUAUUCAUAUUUUCACAAGUUUGCAGUUGUGAUGCUGAGAUACACUAGCAACCUUACAAUCACAAAUAAGAGGAACACCCAUCUGUCCAACAGCUUCACGAAACACAUACCGAGGUGUGAAAUGUCUCAGUUUGCUGCAUUUGACUUUGAAUGAUUAAGCUUGGUGUGUUGCAUUCAGUUAUCAUCUUUACCUCAUUUUCCAAAGCACAACUACAUUUUCACCUUUGCAAACAGCUUAGUGCUGGAAAGGGGAACUGAGAGGCCUAGUUACACUGUGAUGCAUCACUGUCAGUUGGUUUUUACGUCCAAAAACAGCUGUCCCGCAUGCUUUAAUAUAUUUAAAGUUAGGCAAGGCUGAGCCAUCUUUGUUCCUCUUUUAAGCCACUGUGUCCUUGGGAUGCUGUGACCAAAGAUUGCAGUGUCUACGCACAAAUAAUGGAAGAGAAGCCUCUUAUUGUCAUUUUAUGUACAUUUUUAUUCAGCUCUGUGUAGCGCAGUAAUGUCCAGUGUUUUAUUCUACAUUUAUGUUAAUGGUUUGAGCUCUUGUGAUCAGUAAGUUUUUUGCUGCAUAAGCUAUCCUUGAAGACACAGUCGCAUCCGUGCGUGGUAGCGACUUCACAUGGUGUGACCGCCCAAUUUUUAUUUGUGUUUUAAUGAAUGUUAAUUUAGGCAUAAUGAAAAUUAGAAUCAAAGUCUACUCAGGACACAGAUUUUUAUGUAUCAAGAUCUUUUUUAAAUAACAGAUUGUACAAUCAGCUGUUUGACCUGUGCUGGAAUAAGGGACGUCUUCACAAGUUAAGCCAUACAGUGAAGCGAAUGCUAGCUCAUGAAAACGAGGCUACGUCGUGCUGAACUACUAUACUAGACUCUGUGCUUCUGCAUUUCUGACUUCAGCAAGAGAAUCUGGUUGAAAUAUUUUUGUAUCGGUAUACUUUUUAAUUGAAAAAUAAACAAUAUUCAAACUUA